AUGCUCGAACUCAAGCUGUCGUUUCUCCUUGUGCUGGCGUCAGCAAACGUUGUCAUAGUAACCGGAAAUCCUCUGCCAUGGUUUCUACCAGGUAAUGAUGCAAGUGUUAGUAGUGGUCAGCGGUACACACGCAUUCCACCUUUAUGACCGACAGACGAUUCCUGCAGCUAUUUUUACCAAAUAUUCCAGGUUUCUUCCCGCUGUUUGCACCUGUAGUAACACUGGAUCAGCAAGAGAUGAUCCUUACUGGAUCUCUAGGGAGGACAGUUUAGAACUGAUAGGGCUAUCCAGUAUAAAUAAAGUUAGCUCAGUUUAGUUUAGGUUCCUCCUGUAGUAACACUGGAUCAAUAAGAGAUUAUCCUUACUGGACCUCCAGGAAGAACAGUUUAGAACUGAUAGAGCUAUCCAGUAUAAAUAAAGUUAGCUCAGUUUAGUUUACGUUUCCUUCUGUAGUAACACUGGAUCAAUAAGAGAUGAUCCUUACUGGACAACUAUGGAGAACAGUUUAGACUGAUAGAGCUAUAGCUAUCCAGCCUAAAUAAGGUUAGUUUAGUUUAGGUUUCCUCCUGUAGUAACAACACUGGAUCAAUAAGAGAUGAUCUUUACUGGACCUCUAGGAAGAACAGUUUAGAACUGAUAGAGCUAUCCAGUAUAAAUAGAAACUUUAAAAUAUAAUUAUCACUACCCAUAGGUCCUUGCGACAGUGAACCGUGUAAAAAUGGCGCGACAUGUACAGUGGUUCCCUUCAGUUACAAGUGCACAUGUGCUGAUGGGUGGAAAGGACCAUACUGUGGUGUUAAAGGUAAAGCUUAUUUUCAAUGUCUCCACUUUGAGUGUCUCAACAUUCAUCACAGUAUUCUCCAUAUUCACCAUAAUAAUCUCCAUAUUGGCAUAUUCAUCAUAAAUUUCUCUUCUUUUAGUAAAACCGUGUGAAUCGUCUCCGUGCCAAAAUGGAGGUAACUGUACGGACAUAGAUGAUGACACCUUUGGAUGUGCUUGCAAAGAUGGCUACCGCGGUGAAACAUGCUCUGAGAAAAGUAAGUUGUUUUUGUUCAUUUCGUCGAAAUUAAACGAAAAUUCCACUUACUGACCUCUACGGAGAAUAGUUUAGAUCUGAUACAACUAUCCAGUAUAAAUAAAGUUAGUUUAGUUUAUGUUUCUUCCUGUAGUAACACUAGAUCAAUAAGAGAUGAUCCUUACUGGACCUCUAGGAAGAACAGUUUAAAACUGAUAUACCUAUCCAGUAUAAAUAAAGUUAGUUGUGAUAAUACAAUUACAAAGUUAGGCCUAACUAAAUCCUAGUGUCAUUUUAAUUUUUAGUCCAAUGUGAAAAUCCGCUGGACCUUAUGUUCGUUGUCGAUACAGCUAGCUGGCAAAGUACAAGCGACUUCAGUUACGUCAGAGAUUAUAUGUCUGACCUCAUAGACUGGUUAAAGAUAUCUGAUCUCGCCGUUAGAGUUGGAGUACUAGAAUUUACUUAUUAUUACGACACACAGGUGACCUUUUUACCUGGCGCGUAUUCUGAUGCCAGCUCACUAAAAAACGAGAUCGAGGACGUGACCAAGAAUGGUCCAAAACUCUUUUAUGGUCUUGAGGGAUACACCGCGAGGGCUUUGAAAAUAGCAAAUGACGAGGUAUGUUGCUUGGCACAGAGGUUUCUUAACGAACAAGAAAUGGCUUGUUCAGGAUCUUUAUAGAGAACAGUUUAGAACUGAUAGAUCUAGAGAUGUUGUGGAAGCAAAUUUCAUAUUUCAUAUUUUGUUCAGGUUUUCAAGACAGCAGACCAAUAUCCCAACGCAGCAAAAGCAAUUGUUCUUUUAACUCCACAAGUUCCUUUGGACAGCAAGUCGGACGCAAUUAAAGAAGCCGAAAAACUUAAAGCCAAAGGAGUUAAAAUUGUUUCCAUCGAUUUGGUGAAUUCAUUUAAAGAUUUUUGGGCGGAUAAAUCCGUGUAUAAUGAGCUAGCCAAGAUAUCCAGUCCACUCAAGCCUGUUAUCUCCGAAUAUGGUGGUUUAAAUGACCAUGUUCAAGAGGUCGCUAAGCUAUUGUGCUCGUGUAAGUUCACUUUUAAGGUUGUGUUGCUGGUGGUGAAUGUUGUUAUCGUGGUGGCGGUGGUGGUGAUGAUGAUGAUUAUGGUGGUUAUAUUGGUGGUGAUGGUGGUGGUGAUGUUAGUGGUAGUUAUUCUGGUAGUGAUGAUGGCGAAUGUGGAGAAUACGUGAUGGUGAUGAUGGUCGUGAUGGUAACUUUCACAUGGUGGUGAUGAUUAUGAUGGUUAUAUUGGUGGUGAUGAUUGUGGUGGUUAUUCUGCUAGAGAUGAUGACAAAUGUGGAGAAUACGUGAUCGAUAGUGAUGAUGGUGAUUGUGGUUGUGAUGGUGGAGGUGAAUUAGUUUAUUAAUUAGGCAAAUAUAUUUUGAAUUUUCCACAGUCACGAAGGAUCCUUGUGAAGGUGUGGAUUGUGAUGAGAAGAAGAUCUGUAUUUAUGAUCGCGAUAAUACUUCAUGCAUAUGUAACGAAACGAAUUGUGAAGGUAAUCAUUUUAAUCGCAUCUAGUUUUGGACGGUUGGUUUACGACAUCCAAUUCAUGGCUUCGUGUAAAUAUUACGGAACAGUUAAUGACACUGGUCAACUUCAAGAAUGUUGACACUCGUAGCAAACCUAUUUUUUUCCAAUGCAACACGACUACAUAUAAUAAAUUAUUAUUUUCUCUCCGAUAGCUGCUAGUUGACGAUAUGUACUGCAUGAUGGAUAUUUCAUCUGUUUUAAGAAUUUUUGUCAUGCUGGGUUUUUUUUUAGCUGAACCUUGUGAUCAAUUGCCUUGUAAAAACGAUGGAACAUGUGAAAAUGUGGAUAAAGAAACAUUCAAAUGUAACUGUCAUCAAAGCUGGACAGGCGAAACCUGCGAAGAAAAAGGUUCCUUUUUUUAUCAACUGUAAAAACUAAAAUUAAUUAACUUUUUGUAUACCAUCUUUAUCCGUUAUUGCUGCCAUGUAUUACUUAGCCUGCGAAUUACUGUAUUAACUUGAAAUGAAUGACAGUUUUAUUUCAUUAGAUUAAUAACAUGUGAAACCAUAGACAUUAGUUUUAUUUUAACAAAAAUCAUUUAACAUUUUCCUAGUCCUCCCAUGUGACAGCUCGCCUUGUAAAAACUCCGCAGAAUGCAAGAAUGUGGACGAAAAUACAUUUAAGUGCAACUGUACAGAAGAUUGGGCAGGAGAAACCUGUGAAGAAAAAAGUAAGUUUUUUUUGUUGAGAAAUAACAAACGUCUUGGUUACUGAGAAGUACGAACGUGUAGAAUUGCACCAAAAUACAUCCGAAGCUAGAGUAGCAGACAAGAUAAAAUGGCAGUUUGUAACUUGGGAAUGUUCUUUCUGGACAUAAGUUGUACCAAAUUACGUCAUUUGUAUUUUUCGUUGCAGUCCAUCCCUGCGACAAAAGCGAGACCCCUUGUAAAAAUGAAGGCGUUUGCGAAAAGAUAGAAGAACAGUUUGUUUGUAAAUGCGCCAAGGGCUGGAAGGGCGCCACCUGUGAAGAAAAAGGUAAAGAAUGAAAUGAUUACUACCUGAAUGUGGAGACUAUUGUCUUGAAUGUGGAGACUAAUUUCACUGUUAGGUGAUAUAAGUGGGUUUCACAAAACACCAUUGUGCACCAGAAAUGUGGUGAAUCGACGGUGAUCAGAAUGAGAAUACCAUUAGCAUUGGAAAUACCAUUAGCUUGGCAUUAUAUUUUUUUCCAUAUUAAAAUUGCUCUUUUCAUUUUUCUCUAGUGCAACCUUGUGACAGCUCUCCGUGUAAAAACGAAGCGGAAUGCGAGAAUGUCGAUGAGGAAAAUUUCAAGUGUACUUGUUCCGAGGAUUGGAAGGGUGAAACUUGCGAAGAAAAAAGUAUAUAAAACUUUUCAUUUUAUUUCACUGAAGCUAGUUCUAGCUUUGCGGGAUUCCAAUUUUUCUCUUCAAUACAAUUCUAUUUCUAACUAUGUCUACUGUAAUACCAAAGUUCUACUUUAUGAUAACUUCAUGCAGGAGAAAGAAUCAUUUUGAAGAAAAUAGAAAAACAAAAUUUCAUUCUCUUCAACUUUUUAUUUCAUUUUCAUCCUAGUCCAUCCGUGUGACAAGGCUGUGUCUCCUUGCGGGAACGGGGCAGAAUGCAUAAAAAUAGAUGAUGAUGAAUUUGUGUGUAAUUGCACGGAGAAUUGGACGGGAGAUAAGUGUGAAACAAAAGGUAAGAUUCUGUUUUGUUAACGGAAGAUAAUUAACUUCUCGUCAGGUGGUAGUAGUUCAUUCCUGGCAAUAGAGAUUAUGUCAUGAUCAUCUUUUCUUUUGUAUGCUGUAUGCAAAUGAACCAGUCUUUUCUGACUGGGGUGAUAUUUACACACUUUAUUACAUUGAUCACCUUGACAUCGUCUUAACUAACUCUUGGUUACCGACGUGAAAUAUUCUGGAUGCAUUUUUGUGCACUGUAUGCCCAUCAAUCUUUCCUAAUCGUAGAGAUAUAUGGACACUGUAUUACAUCGGUUAGCUUGAAAUUCUUGCAACAGUCACGACCAAAUGGACGCCAGACAUAACAGAACACUAACCUACGUUUUAAAGUUCAGUGUCUUGUUUUUUUCUUAUGCAGUUCAUCCCUGUGACAAAGCUGAAUCCCCGUGUAAAAAUGGAGCAGUUUGUGAAGCGAUGGAAGAUCAAUUUGUUUGCAAAUGCGCAGAUGGAUGGAAGGGAGUAGCCUGCGAGGAGAAAGGUCAUUUAAAAUUUGAAAAUUUUGUCGUGUUUGUAACACAGUGGUUGAUGAACUAUGUGUUUCAUGUCCUUGAUGUCGUCAUAUUUUUCCCUAGUCCUCCCAUGCGAAAGUUCUCCUUGUAAAAACGAAGCGGAAUGUGAAAAUGUCGACGAUACUACUUUUAAAUGUAAAUGUUCUGAAGAUUGGACUGGCCUUACGUGCGAAGAAAAAGGUAAAAUUAUUAGCUUCAAAUCCGUAAGAAUCAUCCCUUGUUGAUCCAGCGUUAACUACGAGAAGUAACUUGAAGUAAACUGACUUUACUGGAUUAGGUAAAUGAUUUAAAUUUAUUUUAUUAUUUUCAGUCCAUGCCUGUGACAAGGGAGAGUCUCCUUGCAAGAAUAACGCCAUUUGUGAAAAAGAUGGAGAACAAUUUGUUUGUAAAUGCAGCGAAGAUUGGACUGGAGACACUUGUGAAACGAAAGGUAAACGAGCUUUAUACGAUAGAUAACUAAAUGAAAAACAGACGAAAGAGCCAGGCGUAUAGCUUUAAAUAAAGAAUGCAAGAGCAAUGAGAAUAACUCCUGCUGUAGCAACAAGAACAUUUCUAUCUUCAAGCCCUUCAGUGAAGAACAUUUCUGUAAGAAAACUUUCUGGGAAACGAUUGCUGGGUUUCCUAAAAUCCUUUGUAAUUUUCUCUGCAGUUCAUCCAUGUGAUAAACCAGAAUCUCCUUGCAAGAAUAAUGGCACUUGUGAAAAGGAUGGAGAACAAUUUACAUGCAAAUGCAACGAAGAUUGGACUGGAGAUACUUGCGAAAUAAAAGGUGAACUAACUUUUGCAAUAGAUACAUAAAUGAAGAAGAGACGUAGAAGCCAGGCAUAAUGCAUAGCUCUAAAUAGAAAUUGAGGAUCAUGAGGAGGUUCUCUAAAACUAAGAAAGGAUUCCUGUGAACAAACGUGAUUUUUGAAACAUUUGAUUUUUAUGUUUUCUUCUUCAGUCCAUCCGUGUGACAAAACAGAGUCUCCUUGCAAGAAUGAAGGCGUGUGUGAAAAGAAUGGAGAUGAAUUUGUUUGUAAAUGUACUGAAGACUGGAUUGGAGAUACUUGUGAAAUAAAAGGUAAGACUAUUCUGUUUUAAAUAUAUUCCACUAUUAAGCUUCUCUUUUCCAAACUGUUUACUAUUGAUUCAGUACGAAUCGUGUCUUUCUUAUUGGUACAGUGUUACUACAAAAGGAAACGUAAACUAACUUUAUUUAUACUAGAUAGAUAUUUUAGUUCUUAACUGUUCUCCUCCUUCAUUUCUUCAGUUCAUCCUUGCGACAAAGCCGAGUCUCCUUGCAAGAACGAAGGUGUUUGUGAAAAAGAUGGAGAUCUGAUCAUAUGUAAAUGUACCGACGAUUGGACUGGAGAUACUUGUGAGACAAAAGGUAAAAAAAUUAUCUCAUGACAACUAAGAUUUUCCUGGAAUAUAGAAAGAAUAGUCGUAGAAUAGUCUUCAAUUGAAAGAUGCGAUUACCUGAAAAAUAUAUAUGCUUAAACAUUUCCGUCAUCAAAGGCCAACAUACUCUCUUUAUAACACUACUUCGGAAAACAACAAGGAUUUUGUUCUUUAAAUUUAUUAUUUCUUUUCAGUCCAUCCGUGCGACAAAACAGUGUCUCCUUGUAAGAAUGAAGGCACUUGUGAAAAGGAUGGAGAACAAUUUGUAUGUAAAUGCAGCGAAGAUUGGACUGGAGAUACUUGCGAAACAAAAGGUGAACUAACUUUUUCAAUAGUACUAAAAAGGAUUGCAGUGAAGAAGCUUGAUUUUUGAAAUAUUUGAUUUUUAUAUUUUCUUCUUCAGUUCAUCCGUGUGACAAGGCAGAGUCUCCAUGCAAGAAUGAAGGCGUCUGUGAAAAGAAUGGAGAUGAAGUUAUUUGUCAAUGUACCGAAGAUUGGGCUGGGGAUACUUGUGAAACUAAAGGUGAACAAACUUUACAUAAUAAUUAAAAGAAAACCGGCUAAAGAGCCGGGAAUAUAGCUUCAAACAAAGAAACAAGACCACGAGAAUACAAUCACUCUGAUUAGUAAAAAUGAAAAAACAUUUCAGUGAAAAAUAAAACCCUUAUGGGAAGCGAUUGCUAGGCUUUCUAAUAUUAUAUUUUGUCAUUUUCUCCACAGUUCAUCCAUGUGAUAAACCCGAAUCUCCUUGCAAAAAUAAUGGCACUUGUGAAAAGGAUGGAGAGCAGUUUGUAUGUAAAUGCAACGAAGAUUGGACUGGAGCUACCUGCGAAGAAAAAGGUAGAAAUAUUUACAAACUUGUCUAAUCUAAACUAACAUCAGUUCGACAGGAUACCUUUGUCAGCUCGAAACUGUUUUUUCUAGAGUAAAACUUGGUGUGUUCUUUGUUUUCUGUUUCAGUUCAUCCCUGUGAUAAAGCUGAAUCUCCUUGUAAAAAUGAAGGAGUUUGCGAAAAACAGGGAGAUGAAUAUGUAUGUAACUGUACGGAAGAUUGGACGGGCAAAAAUUGUGAAGAAAAAGGUGAAAUAACUAGUCAUAAAUAGCAAAGAAAUAAGAUGGUUGUUGUUUAUAGAAAUACAGUUCAAUCCGUGGUCGGAACAACGUCUUAUGAAAUUGAUUGAAAUAUGUUGCAGUCAAAUACAAAUCACUGUCGCUGAGACGGAAUCUUUAUUAAACUUCUUUGCUUCAUUUUUCAGUUCAUGCGUGUGACAAAACUGAGUCUCCUUGCAAGAAUGAAGGCGUGUGUGAAAAGAAUGGAGAGGAAUUUGUUUGUAAAUGUACUGAAGACUGGAUUGGAGAUACUUGUGAAAUAAAAGGUAAGACUAUUCUGUUUUUUAACUCAACUAAGCUCCUAUGUUUUCCAAAUUGUUCCCUAGCAGAGAUUCAGUACGAAUCAUGUUUAAUUGGUCCAGACUGAACUAACUAUUUUUACUGGAUAGCUCUAUUAGUUCUCAACUGUUCUCCCUCUUCAUUUCUUCAGUCCAUCCUUGCGACAAAGCGGAGUCUCCUUGCAAGAACGAAGGUGUCUGUGAAAAAGAUGGAGAUCUGGUUAUAUGUAAAUGUACCGACGAUUGGACUGGAGAUACUUGUGAGACGAAAGGUAAAGAAUAUUUUCGUGAUAGCUAAGAUUUUCUAAGAAUAUAGAAAUAAUCGUAGAAUAGUCUUGGAAUUGAAAGAUGAAAUUACCUAAAAUAUAUAUGCUUAGACGUUUCCAUCAUCAAAGGCCAUUCAUCUGGAAUUUCGUAGUUACGACACCCCCUCUUCAUAUAUAACACUACUUCGGAAAACAACAAGGGCUGAGUUCUUUAUUUUUUUUUUCUUUUUAGUCCAUCCGUGCGACAAAGCGGUGUCUCCUUGUAAGAAUGAAGGCACUUGUGAAAAGGAUGGAGAACAAUAUGUAUGUAAAUGCAGCGGAGAUUGGACUGGAGAUACUUGCGAAAUAAUAGGUAAAAAUAAUAUGAUAAUUAAACGAAACUUAACAACAAAAAGUUCUUAGGAAAGAUUGAAAGUAAUUUACAUUACGUAGUUUCCAUUACUGUCAGUUGAUGGGUUUCAAUUUUCCACUAUUGUAAAAUAAUAAUUCACCAAAUUCAUCACCAGCAAUUAUGAAUUUUGGUGGCAUAUUAAUGCAAAUUCUCGAGGAUAGACGGAACUAAAAUUCUACUUUGAUUUUCAGUUCAUCCCUGUGACAAAGCGGAAUCUCCAUGCAAGAAUAAUGGCACUUGUGAAAAAAAUGGACAACAGUUUGUUUGUAAAUGUGCCCAAGGAUGGCUAGGCGAAACUUGCGAAGAACAAGUCAACCCAUGUAAAAACUCUCCCUGCAAAAAUGGAGCAGAAUGUAAAGUAUCCAGUUCACUUGAAGCUAUCUGUAUUUGUCCUCCUGGUCUCAUCGGUGACACGUGUGAGGAAAAAGGUGGGAUUUUUAAAAUGUAUUUGAAAUGAUUAAAUUCGUUAUAAUUCGACAGAAUACCAUUCGCUUAUAAGCAUAAGAAGAAAUUCUAUAACAAAUUCAAAAUUUCCUUGAACUAAACAUGAGUUAGUCGCCCUACCUGCAGUUCUUCAUAAGUUCAUUUAAUCAUUUGCUAUUUUUAAAAGGUUCGUGACGCUCAACCAUCAAUUUUGUUUUCAUUUCCAGAGGUUAUUGUCCAAUGCCAAUGUUCUGCUAAUUUUGGUGGAGACGACGGAUAUUGUUACAAACCAGGUGCGGUAGAGCUAUGUUAUUAUUCUUUCUUUAGAUUUUAUAGAAGAUAUUUAUCUACAAAAAUGAUUCUGAUUGUUUUAUAGUCGUAGUGGAAUUAAAUUCAACGAUCAUAGAUACAAAAGUCUACGACGAAGUAACAGGUUAGUGUUUGUGGGUAAUUUGAGGAACAUGACCUGAAGUAAACUUAUUUAUUCUGGACAUGUGCAGAUCUAUCAGUUCGAAACUGUUCUAACAAAACUGUAGUAUUUGGUAGAGUCAAUUUGGAGUAACUCUUUCAUAUGGAGGUGAAAUUAUAAUCGUACAACAGCAUAUUGCAGGAAUCGAACGCUUAUCACAGAGGGGUGAACGAGCUGAAAACAAAAACCGUUGCUAUAAGCCAUGCUGAAAAAAGGCGUACUCUGUAGGUCAAACACUGUCAUGAAACUUACCAUAAAUAUUUAUCCUUACUUUAGACGCAUGCUCAGACAAUCCCUGCCGAAAUGGAGCGACAUGUGAGAGUGACGACAAUACUUAUCUUUGCCGAUGUCCGGUCGGCUUUGAUGGACCGACUUGUGUGAAUAAAGGUAAGCUUUAUUAAUUCAUGGAUAAAGAGAGUAAUAGUUGUGCAUGCUCCAAAUUGAUUUCGAUAAUAAACUGUCGUGAUUUUAACUGAACUACAUACAAAAUAAUAGAAAGAAAUUACUUUAGCAUUUUCGAAAAGAGUCUGUGGUUAAUGUGCUUGAUGUUAUCUCAAACAAGGGCAUAAAAAAUAUUGCAUGCAAAAAACACCCUGGUUCGUGUUAAUCACAAUGCAUAUGGUUAAUUCUAACCUACUGCAUGGCGAAUAGUUUUGCUCCAACCCUUGUAGUGUUAAUCUGGUAGUUUGGAGACAACCACUGCACUGCUUACGAUCUGUCUACAACAAAUUCAAAUAUAUCACUUUUCUUUCUUUUAGUUUUCCCAUGUGACAGCUCUCCGUGUCAAAAUGAUGCAUUCUGCACGAACAAUGGUUGUCAAUAUGUCUGUCAAUGUAAAGAAGGGUAUACAGGAUUUCUUUGUGAAAAGAAAGGUAUUUCGAUUAUGCAGUUAUCUUACCAUUAUUUUAUCUUGUAUUUCAUGUUUCUGAGAAGAAUACUUACUUCUGAACGUAAAGCUGUAUAUAUUAACUAACACUUUGCAACAUCUUUAACGUUUUGUAUUCUUAGGAUGGGGGCUCGUGUAGUUUCCCCGACACUCGCUCCGGACGGGGGACCUUCGCUUGAGGCGUCGAGGUUCUCCUUGUAUUUUCGGGCGGUUGCAUCCCUACCAAUAAAAGCUUGUUAUUUAUAUUGACACUACCUACACUGGAACAGACAGUUAAAGAUUAUAACCCAUGUUAUAUAAUUGCCAUGAACAUGUCGAAGGGAGAUCAAUGGGGUUGGAGUGCAAUAGACAGUAGAAUCUAUACAAGGGGUUAGGUGUCGAUUGGGACGCAAGUCCUGUUUCCCAUGUAUACCAUAUGUUUCCCCAGUCACACCUAUCUGUUUCCCCAGUCAUACAUGUCUGUAUGUGUGAUUAUAGUACUCUUUAUUGUGACAAAUCAUUAAAAUGAAAAGCACUGUUCUUCAUUUUCCUUCAGUGUCUCCAUGUGACAGCUCUCCUUGCCAGAACGAAGGAACAUGCGAGGUGACUGGAUCUGACGCUCCAGACGGCUUUAACUGCAAGUGCACGUCGGGAUACGAAGGCGUUAACUGCCAAAUUAAAAGUAAGAUAAUCCGAGUUAGUUCAUGCUAUUGCGUCCACAUGGUCCUCCGAGCCGGAUGUAAUGCAAUCUAAUUGGCAAUUAUUGGCUUAAUAAUUAUUCUAAUAAUACUAAAUCUUUCGCCUAGUUGACCCAUGUGAAAAUUCUCCAUGUAAAAAUGAUGGAACUUGUGUGGCUGAAGGAGAAACUUAUGUUUGUAAAUGCGCUUCUGGUUAUGAAGGCUCCAACUGCGAACAAAAAGGUAACAUUUGGAAAUGGUUGCCUUCUGGCUCUUUGGGGCAUUCUCGCUCCUACCUGGGUGUGGCAUUUUCCAUCUUAAUGGGGUUACACAGGGGUAUCGUAGCUCUCCAAAAGAGGUUGGAAAGAUUAGAGACCCACUGUUACUUUCAUUAUAGUGUCUGUCAAUACAUAACCCAAAUUAAUUUUUUGUCAUCUUUAGUGCACGCCUGUGACUCGGAUCCAUGCAAAAAUGGAGCGAUUUGUGACAAACAGGGAGAUGGCUUCAACUGUCUGUGUACAGAUGGGUACAAGGGUGAACUCUGCGAAGACAAGGGUGAGUGUUUGAGGCAACUAACUAACUUGAUUUAUACUGGAUAUAGCUCUCUAUGAUCAGUUCUAAACUGUUCUUCCUAGUGGUGACCUAGUGGUGAUACAUGAAGAUCAAAUGUCCAGUAAGGAUUAUCUCUUAUUGAUCCAGUGUUACUACAGGAGGAAACCUAAACUAAACUAACUUUAUUUAUACUGGAUAGCUCGAUCAGUUCUAAACUGUUCUUCCUAGAGGUCCAGUAAGGAUCCUCUCUUAUUGAUCCAGUGUUACUACAGGAGAAAACCAGCUACCUGUGUUUGGUAGAAACUGGAAGCACUCUCCUCACCUGCCAAAUUGCAAUAAGAUGAUAUGAAUAUUCUAGGAAUUAAACCUCGUGCACAGAGGUAAAGGUACAUGUACUAAGCUUUGAUGAAAAUAUUUUUCACAUUUAGUGUCUCCAUGUGAUAUCUACCAAUGUCUCAAUGGUGGAGAAUGUACAGUUGGGGAUGACAAGGUACCUUCGUGCAAGUGCAAAACGGGAUUCACAGGGGAUAAAUGUGGUACACCAGUGGUACAAGGUCAGUCAAAAUAAACCGAAUCAUGGGCGAGGGAAGACUGGGAUCCUCUAUUCUCUCAUGAUUCGUGAGAAGAGAGGUUUUGAUGGGCUUCUACAGGUUUCAGCAGCCCGAAUGAUCAAGUUCUCCGCGGACCUAGGACUUUAGGUCGUUUUUUAUUUCAACUGUAUCGUUUUUUACUUCAACCCUAUUGUAUCGAAGCGUAUUUCUUUGUAUCCUGGGCACUAGAAUUGAACUAAUGACUUCGACACAAAAGAAAAUGCUACGAUCCGUUACGAUACGGUUGAAGUGGAAAAUGGACUUUACCGUCUUUACACCAGAAGAUAUGAAGAUCAAAUCUAGAUCCAUUGCAGUUUUUCAAGCAACGCGACACUUCACGAUUUUAAUAUCGUAAAUGUUGAUUCCGACGGCGCUAUGUCCCGCUUCAAUGUGAGAUGCUCAACAAAUCAGCUACAGGAAUGAUUAUAAACAGUAUGUCGGGCAAACUGCUUACCGAUACCUCGAUGUAUACAAUCCUAGAUAUCGAUCGAGAUAUUAAUUUGUUCGUAACAAAUGUUUUAUUAGUGAUAUCAGUUGUAUUAUUUUGGUAUUUUGCGCAUUUUGCGAAAUUAGGUAAUGUUUAUAAAAGGCAACGCAUUUUGCUUUUGGGAUUUUAAUCCACCAUCUUGUCUUCAGUGUCGAACGGGUGUGCAGUCUGUAAAAAUGGCGGGAAAUGCCAGGGAUCGACAUGCGAGUGUACGCUUGGAUUCAAGGGAAAUCAAUGCGAGAAAUCAGGUACGAUAGAGAACGUUCUUUUAAUGAAAGAAAUAUUAAAAAAUAUUAGCGGCAAAAAUGAGAAUAAUGAUGGCGCAAUCGACAAAGCAAGCGCGUUUCACCUCUGAGAAUCGUGGCUUUUAUUCUCGUUCUGGGUCCAAAUAUUCAUGUAAAAAAGGGUCUGUCAACGCUCUACUGAAAAUCGUGGGUUUUCUCAGGGUACUCCGGUUUCCUCCCACAGGGAAAGUUGACAAGGUGGGUUGGGAUUAGCCAGCCCUAAUUACUAAAUAUUUCCACCGUAGCUGUGCCGGCUGUGAUCAUCAGACAUGAGGCAUAAAGUGUCUGCCAGUGACGCUCUUAGAAAGCCUCAGUUCGACUGGAUCAGGUUGAGCUGCGUCCUUCACAAUUCAGCUUAGCUCUCAGCUGCAAGUAAAACUAAUUGGCCUUUCUCACGCCGCCAUUUUUGGGGCAAACGAUUAAAACAAUGUGAAAAGCAAUAUUUCAGAACAAACUAACUAUUUACAGAGUAAAUUUACCAUCAUACACCCACACAAUUAUAAAAUGUCGCGUUACGUGGUGUUACGGUCGCAGGAUUGUCAAAAAAGUACCCCAAAAAUGGCGGCGUGAGAAAUGCUAAUUAGCAUACCGACUAACUUACUUUACUUUUCCGUUAAAUUGACUUUGAAUUUCUCUGCCAUUACCCGUUAUUGAACUGAGUAAUCUUCUCUUGCUUUAGCAUAUACUAUUGGUUUUUACCGAUCCACAAAGGAAGUUUACGUUAGAACAGCCAACCUUCCAACAAUGAACGCCAUGACAGUUUGUCUUCGAGUUUACACUUUGGGGAAACGUCGUGUCAUGUAUCUAAUGUCCUACGCCACUAAUAAUGACAAGACGGAAAAGUUUGUGUUUUACAAGGCUGGUAAUAGGCUGGGAGUUCGUGUGAAUGGCAAGAGAGCUACGUAAGUACAGUUGGGUUUCACCAAGCAUUAUACCACACCCUAGCCCUCCCCAAUAAUUGCUGAGUAAAAUAAAAUUAUAAAAAAUUUUUAACCAUCAAUUAGUGGUUGAAAUGGUGUCGGUUACAUGUUAUAUGUUAUGUAUUUUCAGGUAAAAUUAUUAACAAGGUAUAUAUCGGGUAGAUUUUUGUUGCUCCCCCCCCCCAUCCGCCGCCCAAACGAAAGCUGCUCACAACGGCCCUGUAUGUAGAUAAUUCUAAAGCUUAGUUUCCUUUGUUCUAUUCUAUGUUUCUGUAAACUAGAACAAUAGUAACCUAAGCAUAUGAGUUAUCUACAGUUCGGGAAUGGGUGAUUCCAGCUACACACUAAAUUUUGAUCAAGGUAAGAAGAACGAAAUCCAACACCACAGCUAGAAAGAGCGUCUUAGAAUGAGUAAAACUGCAAAGAUUGGUUGCUAAAUGUUGUAAAAUGAAGAACAUAUAGCCCUGUCCAGUUCGCAAAUUUUGUAUAUAUUUGUAUUACGCGCGGUAAAAAUAACUUUCGCUCAAAACUGGUUAUUUUUCCCGCGCGUAAUGCAAAUAUAUGCAAAAUUUGCGAACUUCACAGAGCUAUAUCUUCCUCAUUUUACAACAAUUCACAACCAAACUUUGCAAUUUUACUCAUUUUAAGACGCACUUUCUAGGUGUGGUGUUGGAUUUUGUUGUUCUUGUUUAGAUCAAAAUUUCGCCAUAGCUGGAAUCAUCCAUUGGGUAUAAACGCACGUCAGCCAAAUAUAAAGGUCAAAGAGAAAUAUUUUCGUGCACGAAACACAACACAACUUUUCUACUUUUUACAGGAGUACAGCAGCAGUAAUCAACAAUAAAAAAUGUCAUCACAUAUGUUUCACCUGGCAAUCUGCAGGCGGGAAAUAUUCAUUCUUCAGAGACGGUAAACUUUUGAAGAGCGACAAAGGCCUGAGCGCAGGCAAAGCAAUCCAGGGUGGCGGAGUUUUGUCUUUGGCUCAGAAGAUCCCAAAACCUUCAUUGCGUGUACGUUAUGUAGGGCGAAUAAACGACCUCAACAUUUGGGAUAAAGUCCUCACCUCCAAUGAAAUUGAAGCGAUGUUGAAAUGUGGUGGAAGCACGGCAGGAAAUGUGAAAUCCUGGUCUGAUUUCAGGCUCAAAAAUGAUCUGAAAUAUUCCGUUUUCGCCAAGUAUCUUCGCAAAGAUGCAUUUAUUUGUCCUGCAAAUUGCUGAAACUUUUAGAACUGUAUGAUUUUUAGAACCGUGAAUUAUACCGUCUGUAGUUUUUCUGAUUAUUAGUAGUUCCGUCUGUGAAUGUGUCCUGAAAAUUGUUUUAGAAUUUAAGAAUUUUAUCAGACUUCAUUUGCUUGUAGAAAACUAAUAUGCGCGUGUGCUUUUUUAUUAUUUGUACUACUGUGUGACUUUGUAGAACUUUUGUUAUACUCGCGAACUGUAGUAAAAAUAUUUAAUAAAGAUCUUUUGUCUGACUGCAGUGUAUGUGCGUUUAUUGAUACUGUAACACUUUGUAGAGAAACGGUCCUUUUCAUGACAUAUUGAAAUGUUCCAUUGACUUUUCAUUGUUUCGAAAAUCCCGCUGUUUCUCCAUGCCAUCCAGACACU